CAUUGUCACAAGGCAACACACCCUAUGCAGGUACACCUGAGUCGCAGGUGUCAGGAGAGAGACGCACCGCAGCACACCAAGGACUCCAUAAACAAACAAGUGAUUUUCAACACAAAGCCCUCUGACCCCAUGAGACUGGUCAUAUUAUGAAAUCCCACCACCUUUUCCUGCUGGUUUACCUUUUUGGAGCCACAUUAGGAGAAUCGAGUGCAGAAGGGAAUACAAAAUGUGAAACAGAAACCUGUGGUCUGGAGCCAGACGCGACCUCUCGCUUCCUGCGGUGUGUCGGCUUGCCCCCCACAGACACGGGGAAAGACCACGUGCGCAGGCUCAAGGCAAUACUUGAGGGCACAAUGGACGUGUACACCUUCAUGAAAUCCAGCCUGACAGGUGUGCCGAUCCUGGGCCUGGAAGGAGCUUUGGCCUUGAACGCUGAGGCAGACCCCCUCCAGAACGAAGCCCUGGUCGAGAUGUGGCUUGAGGUCCAAAUAAAACCUCUGUUGGGUUCCAUCACCAAACACUUCCUAUCAUGCCUCAGCACCAAGAAUUUCAGCUGCUCCACUUAUCAGACUGUAGUGAGAGAGCUCAGCCGCUACUAUUCAGACAUGAACUCAGUCAGACAAAAGUGGAUCUAUACGUUCUUCAUGUACCCCUUCCUCUCUGGAGACAGGGUUGCAGGUUGUGUAAACCCUAAUGAAACCACAGAAGAUUGGCUGAUGAAGAACUUUGGCUCCUUCCGAGCGAUGGCCCGAAUGACGGACUUCAGCAGCCUCAACAUGGUCUUCAGUGGCCUGGAAGUUCUCCACCUGCUGUCUCCGGCACAAAAGGCAGAGCUGCUAAUGAGGCCUGAGGUGGCUGGUUUGGACAACGGCACCCUGACCCUGGUCUUCGACAGUUUGCUGCCCGGGGGCUCCGGUCAUCAAAGAGGUCCUAGUCCCGGAAACACAUCCAUGGUGCCAUCUGGUUAUUCAUAUCCACAAAACCGCCUCUCAGAGAUCGCAAACGGAUUCAUGAUGGCCCUCAGGCCGAUCGGGAGUUUUGCUCAUGAAUUUGUUUCCUUUACGCGUCAGAGAAACGUCUCGGAAAUAAAAAGCACCACUUUGACUCAGUUCUUGCUCAACUGGACUCUGGCUGAGCUGGCAGAUGUGUACACCCAUGACCCGUCCGUGGCCCCAGAGCCCCCGCAGUUUGACGUGACCAACGUGGAGGACUGGUACCAGCAGGUGGUGUUACCGCUGCUGCGCAGGAUCCUGUCAGAUGAAGAAGCCCUGAUGCACCAAAACGUCACGCUCGCUUUUCACGAGCUCUACUUUUUGGAACAUGGCGAACAAGAUGAAUAUGAUGAAAUCCAAGAUGUCUGCAGCAUCACUCUUGAUAAGGCCCCGUGUGGGCUGACCGAUGCAGUGGAGAACAUGGCCCACAUUUUGCAGUGCGCUGCUCGAAGCGAGCUGACACUGACCGAGACAACGAUCAUCAGACUGAUUACGGAGCUGGCUGAACGACUGAACUCCCUGGUCCAGGAGUUUUCCAUAACAAACUUCGCAGAGCUGGCGUCGGACAUUGAGGAGAUAUUCAACGAGAACGAGUCUCCGGCUCUGACCCAGCAUCACCUGGAAGAUCCAGAGUUCAUCAAACUGUGGUUCCGGGUCAAGCUGCUGCCCCUGCUGCCAGGCGUGAACCCAGACCUCCUCUCCUGUCUGAGCACCAAGAACUUCUCCUGCCCCGUUUACCAAACACUGGUGGCAGAGCUGGGUCACAGCAUGAUGCAAAUGGAUGCCGACAUGAUGUACAGUCACAACAUCUACAGAUAUUUCAUCUACCCUUUCCUGCAGAGUCAGAACACCUCAGAACCCCGGUGCAUCUCUUCAGCCAAUCAAAGCGCAGAAUGGGUGAAAUUGAACUUUGGGUUCUUCUCAACAUUCGCCUCCGUGCUCGACUUCUACGAGCUCAACCCUUAUUUCUCUGGAUUGGAAGCUCUGGAGGUGUUGUCCCCGAAGCAGCUUGCAGAGAUGCUGUUGUUGCCUCUUCCUACUCCACCAGAGAAAGAUCUUGUUAUUCAUACUGUGUUUGACUUCUUGUUGGAGUCGCCGGAAAACAGAAAAUUUACAGAGGUUCUGCACUUCCUGGUCCAGCUUGCUGGAGAGGUCGAAGCGCCAUGCAGUGUCUACAAACCCAUUUUCGAGCGACUGUACGGAGCCGUAACUGAGACGUCUCCACUCCUGGAACCAGUUAUUUGGGCUCGCAUUGAUGACCUCAUGGCCAUCGCACCAGACUGUGUGCCAGCGAACAUCACCUGCCCAGACACUCGGAUCAACAGUACUUACAUCUGCCAAGGCGUUGACAGCUCGGAUCUUCAGGCUUACCUCAACAGUUCAGCCGACGUUUCAUGUAACUUCACCUUGGAGAAAUACGCCUGCGCACAGCUGGAGGACUUCACAGCUGAGCAGCUGGCUUCCCUGAUGAGGUGCGACCUGCCCGGACACAGCAGCCAGUCCAGGGUGCUGUGGAAGUUGGUGCUCACAAAACUCUCAAGUGUUUUGGAUUCAUCGCUGGACAUGCUGGCCAACGUGUCGGUGGGAACGAUCCCCUUGGCGGAGGCCAUUCUGGAUGUGAUAGGGGAGAUGAGGUUGUCAGCGCUGACCUCUGAGGAGCUGAUGAACAGCAGCGUGAUCCGGCUGUGGUUCGCAGAACGUCUGAGCGGCUUCCUGCCGUCCGCGUCCGUGCGGGUUCUGCUCUGCCUGACCAGCAGGAACUUCAGCUGUGCGUCGUACCAGCAAAUACUGCAGGUUUUUGUUGGCCACUUCGAGAAGACGCCAGUGCAGCAGCAGCGUGUGAUCUUAAACAAUUUCAUCCUUCGUUUCCUUCAACACUCUUACCCAGAUCCAGGAUGUUUGUCCUCCUUCAACAACAGCGCACAGUGGCUGACCGACAAUUUAGGUCCAUUUUCAGAGUUUGUGCUCGUCAGCGAGCUGCUCCGUCUCAACCCGCUCUUCGAACCUCUGGAGGUCAUCCAGCUCCUCACACCAAAGCAGAGAGUUGAGCUGCUGGCGCUGAAGCUGCCUGUAAACACAGACAUGCUCAUCAACAUGCUGUUUGAUUACAUGAGCGAAGCGCCAGAGGAAAGGGGAUUUACAGAGUUCCUGUCACAGCUUGUCAUGUUCACCCAGAUGGGAAACCUCUCCUGUUCAUCCUAUAAAACACUGUUUACCAGACUGGAUGCAGCCAUGGUUACGGCUUCUUCUCAGAUAGCUUCAUCCAUCACAUACACAAAAUUCGCUUUAUCCAAACAACUGCCAGAUGACUGCAUCAUAUACAGAGAAGAGUGUGAUGUAACAUUCAUAAAUGAGACAGCCCUCUGUACUGGAGUCAACAGCACAAAGCUUCAGGUCCACCUAGACAGCGGAAUGAUGGCCGAACGGUUCUGCACCUUCUCCGUUGAGGAAAUUGCCUGCGCCUCGCUGUCAGGUUUAACAGCCCAAAACCUGGCGACCAUUCUGAGUUGUGAUAGGCCCUCCAACUCAAGUGGCACCAAAGCUGCCUGGAAGCUGCUCCUCUCCAAAGCCUCAAUUGUCCUGGACAGCGCUCUGGAUUUACUGACCAACACCACGCUCGACCCCAGCAAUCCUUCUGCCUCUAUGAUCCUGGACUCCAUCCGAGAGCUCCGGUUGGAUCUUCUCAACAUGGCCGCUCUCAGCGAUCCGGCCAUCAUCCAGCUGUGGUUUGGCCGCCGCCUUCGUCCGUUCCUGCCCGCCGUUUCCAACGACUUCCUGUCAUGUCUUGCCACAAAUGAACUGAACUGCAGCACCUACCAGCACAUCGUGCAGAUAUUGAGCGAGAUCCAACCACACAUGAUGCAUGGAAGGCAGAUGUCUGUCUUCACACACUUCAUCAGUGUUUUCCUCACAAGGAACAACUCUGCAGAUCCAGGAUGUUUGUCUUCCUUCAACAACAGCGCACAGUGGCUGACCGACAAUUUAGGUCCAUUUUCAGAGUUUGUGCUCGUCAGCGAGCUGCUCCGUCUCAACCCGCUCUUCAAACCUCUGGAGGUCAUCCAGCUCCUCACACCAAAGCAGAGAGUUGAGCUGCUGGCGCUGAAGCUGCCUGUAAAUACAGACAUGCUCAUCAACAUGCUGUUUGAUUACAUGAGCGAAGCGCCAGAGGAAAGGGGAUUUACAGAGUUCCUGUCACAGCUUGUCAUGUUCACCGAGAUGGGAAACCUCUCCUGUUCAUCCUAUAAAACACUGUUCACCAGACUGGAUGCAGCCAUAGUUACGGCUUCUUCUCAGAUAGCGUCAUCCAUCACAUACACAAAAUUUGCUUUAUCCAAACAACUGCCAUUUGACUGCGUCAUAUACAGAGGAGAGUGCGGUGUAACAUUCAUAAAUGAGACAGCCCUCUGUACUGGAGUCAACAGCACAAAGCUUCAGUUCCACCUAGACAGCGGAAUGAUGGCCGAACGGUUCUGCACCUUCUCCGUUGAGGAAAUUGCCUGCGCCUCGCUGUCAGGUUUAACAGCCCAGAACCUGGCGACCAUACUGAGUUGUGAUAGGCCCUCCAACUCAAGUGGCACCAAAGCUGCCUGGAAGCUGCUCCUCUCCAAAGCCUCAAUUGUCCUGGACAGCGCUCUGGAUUUACUGACCAACACCACGCUCAACCCCAACAAUCCUUCUGCCUCUAUGAUCCUGGACUCCAUCCGAGAGCUCCGGUUGGAUAUUCUCAACAUGGCCGCUCUCAACGAUCCGGCCAUCAUCCAGCUGUGGUUUGGCCGCCGCCUUCGUCCGUUCCUGCCCGCCGUUUCCAACGACUUCCUGUCAUGUCUUGUCACAAAUGAACUGAACUGCAGCACCUUCCAGCACAUCGUGCAGAUAUUGAGCGAGAUCCAGCCACACAUGAUGCAUGGAAGGCAGAUGUCUGUCUUCACACACUUCAUCAGUGUUUUCCUCACCAGGAACAACUCUGCAGAUCCAGGAUGUUUGUCUUCCUUCAACAACAGCGCACAGUGGCUGACCGACAAUUUAGGUCCAUUUUCAGAGUUUGUGCUCGUCAGCGAGCUGCUCCAUCUCAACCCGCUCUUCAAACCUCUGGAGGUCAUCCAGCUCCUCACACCAAAGCAGAGAGUUGAGCUGCUGGCGCUGAAGCUGCCUGUAAACACAGACAUGCUCAUCAACAUGCUGUUUGAUUACAUGAGCGAAGCGCCAGAGGAAAGGGGAUUUACAGAGUUCCUGUCACAGCUUGUCAUGUUCACCGAGAUGGGAAACCUCUCCUGUUCAUCCUACAAAACACUGUUCAUCAGACUGGAUGCAGCCAUGGUUACAGCUUCUUCUCAGAUAGCUUCAUCCAUCACAUACACAAAAAUGGCUUUAUCCAAACAACUGCCAGACGACUGCAUCAUAUACAGAGGAGAGUGCAAUGUAACUAUGAUAAAUGAGACAAACCUCUGUACUGGAGUCAACAGCACAAAGCUUCAGCUCCUCCUAGACAGCGGAAUGAUGGCCGAACGGUUCUGCACCUUCUCCGUUGAGGAAAUUGCCUGCGCCUCGCUGUCAGGUUUAACAGCCCAGAACCUGGCGACCAUUCUGAGUUGUGAUAGGCCCUCCAACUCAAGUGGCACCAAAGCUGCCUGGAAGCUGCUCCUCUCCAAAACCGUGAGGAUCUUGAACGAUGCUCUGGAUUUGCUGACCAACACUAUGCUCGACCCCAGCAGUCCCUCUGCCUCUAUGAUCCUGGACUCCAUCCGAGAGCUCCGGUUGGAUGUUUUCAACAUGGCCGCUCUCAACGAUCCGACCAUCAUCCAGCUGUGGUUUGGCCGCCGCCUUCGUCCGUUCCUGCCCGCUGUUUCCAACGACUUCCUGUUAUGUCUUGCCACAAAAGAAUUGAGCUGCAACACCUACCAGAACAUCGUGAAGCUGUUGAGCGAGAUCCAGCCACGCAUGACGCAUGGAAGGCAGAUGUCUGUCUUCACACACUUCAUCAGUGUUUUCCUCACAAGGAACAACUCUGCAGAUCCCUUCUGCAGCUCCAACACUAACAACAGUGGCGAAUGGGUGCAGAAGAACCUGGGAGGGUUUUCUAUCUUUGUCACCAUCCAGGAACUUCAGCUGCUCUACCCCAACUUCAUGCCGGGGGACGCCCUGGCAUUUCUGUCUGUCGAACAGCUGGUGGCAUUAUCCAUCACACCUGGCCAGCUCACUUCUGCCGACCAAGUUAACAUGGUGAUGAAAUACGUCCCUGACCUAAAGCUCGCCUCGUUCUUUGACGGGUUCUCAGCUGCCCUCACGGGUAAUGAACUCACCGUGUCCUCUGCAGUAAGGUCUGCCAUGCUAGAGGUUGUGUUCAACCGUGCGAACCUGUCUCGUAGCUCAGUGGACGAUGCAGUCGUGUCCCAGUGGCUCCAGCUUCGACUGCCUCCUCUGCUCAUCAACCUGACCUCCUCCCACGUCACGCCAUAUUUCCAGAUACUGAUGGGAAGGAACUGCAGCAUCGAGCGGCAGGGUGUCAUGCUUCUUAAUUCAACAAUCCACACACUCAGCGCAGAGUCGAAGAAAGAAAUCCACAAUCACAUCGUUCUGGCUCUGAAAGGACCUCCUUCUCUCCGUUGCUACGGCGACAACUAUAACAACAGCUUCUACAGCUUCGUGGAGGACUCCUUCAUGGGAUUCCAGUUCCCCAACCUGACCACCUUCGUGUCCCUCAUGCCUCGCGACAGAAAGACUCUGCUGGUGAACUCCAUUCCUCCAUCCCAUCUGGGGAAUUUCCUACGUCGGCCAGAUGUUAUUGACAGCCAAGCGCAGCUGUGUGACCUCUAUAGCAGCUAUGUCAAGACGCCAUUGUUUCUGGAGACCGAGUCUCUGCCAGAUGGGGUCAGGCGUGUCACUCUGCCCUGUGUAUGGCCCGUGGCCCUCAGGAGCUCCAGCAGGUCAGAGGUUAACGCUUGGUUUGACCGCCGCCUCCAGAACUACUUGGUCUUCCUCUCAAAGAGUCUGAUCACUCCAGCUGUUACGCAGAACACCUCGUGUCUGGCCUUCCAGAAGCUGGUCUCGGUUCUUGGUAAAUACAACUACACUGGGGCGGAUUUUGUGCGGCUAGACGUGUUCAACACCAUCAGGGCUUACCUCCAAUCCGCAACAACAGCAAGGUGUUACGAUCCCAACAGCCCAGACCUGAACUCUACAGCUUGGUUUGCCGAGUACAUCGGGCCUUUCAUGCCUUUCCUCACUCUGGAGAUUCUUCAGACCUUUGGAUCAAAUGAGGCCCUCCAGGUGUUCACGGUGAACCCUCUGAACAUCGCGCUCCUCAACCACUCGGUUCUACCUAAGAACCUCACCGACUUCUACACUGAGCUGAUCUACCAGCAGGACUCAAACUUCAACCCCAUUCUUCUUCCUCUGUUGUGCCGGUGCAUUGCUCCUGGCAUGGCAUUCACCCAGCUGACUCGAGAAGAAAGUUUGAUAAUGUUGGAGAACCUCACCAAUGUCUGUGUUGACCUUGAUCCACAGAUUUCUGCUGCUCUGACAAGUAACUUCGGGGGCAACGUUGAUUCCAACGUCAUUUCUGCCCUGGGCAAUGAAAGCACCAGCUUGUCUACGGGCCAGAUCAAGGCCAUAAAGGCACAGGACCUGGAGAAAUCCCUCAGCAUUCUCAGCAAUGUGAACGGCUGGGGCACAGGACAGGCUAGGACCAUCAUUUCAUCUCUGAUGACGAGACUGACGAUCAGCACCUCUGCAUCACUGACAAAUCUUGGUUCUCUUGUCAUUGGCGUACCAACCAGAGUUUUCAGCAGAAUGAAUCCCGUUGAGGUUCUAACGGCAUCCAAAAACCCCUCGCUUGUAGGACACAUGUUGUCCGCUCCAAGUGUCGUCCAGGAUGUUUUUGUCAAUCAGCUUACCGUUAGUCGCAACAGUGACCUGAUCGUCGAGAACGUUCCGGACCAGAUGGCCACCAGGAUCCCUCGGGUUCUGCUGCAGAGCUUCACAACCACCAGCAGCAGCAACAGCGUCAUCACCAGACUCAACAGGAAGACGUGGAAGAGGAAGCAGGCUGAGAUGUUUUUUGGUCAAAUUGCUGUGGAAGAAUCCACAACCAUUCUGGGAGGUGCAAACAAUUUGUCGUCCUCUGUGCUGCAAGGAUUCACGUGCACCAGUGUGAGAACAGUUAAAAAGGCGCAGAUUAAAAAUCUGGUCAAAGCCUGUCGGCGAAGAGGCUCAAAUAAAGUCAAGCUGGAGGAGAAUCAGUUGACCUGCAUGUACAACCAAAUCAGAGGAGAGUCAGACAUCACCAGCUUUGAGCUUUACCCUCCUGAUGUGCUGCUCUACUACAAUUACUCUCUGGUGCCACGGAGCAGCUGCAAGGCCUACUUCGAACAGCUGAGUGAGGCCGACUUCUCAGUCUUCUCCUCAAGCCUCAGCUACAAGCGGUCUGCUCUGUUUGAUAACGCCAGGAGCUGCCUGAACAUAACAAGCACAAACUUGACUGGGGACCAAAUAGCCAUUUUGGGAAACAUGUGUUGCUACCUGAAUGAGACCUACAUCCUGAAGUCUGACGAGUCCCUCCUGGAGAAACUGAAGAGCUGCCAAGAUCUCUCUGUUGCUCAGGCUGGUGCAGUGCAAACCCGUCUGAUCUCUGGGACCGUCACAUACGGACCUAUUUCAACAUGGACAGACACAACUCUGAGGAGCCUCGGGUCAUUGCCGUUAUACAUGAAUGCAGAUUUCUAUGACAACAUUGCCAAAUCUAAGACGCGCACAUUCCUCAAGUAUUACCUGAAAUUCCUCAGAGACAACGGAGUCAGCAGAGCAAAGAGACGGAGGAUGAGAGCAGAAAUAAGACGAUCCAUCAGAAGGAGAGCCAAGCGAGCUGCCGACAUUGAAUGCACAGUAGGAAACAUCACCCAGGUAACUAUCAGCGACGCCACCUUCCCCUUCGACUACGACGACAUCAAUCAGUUCAACAGCUGUCUCAGCGCCGCGACUGUCAGAGACAACCUGGAAGCCAUCACCAAGAAGGUGGAUCAAGAGGAUUACUUAAAGAUUGUUCUCACCAAGCUGAGACAGGCUUACGCCGCCAACAUCCCGGAAGAUCAGGUUCAGGUCUUGGGUGCGGCGUCCCGUGUCGCCUCACUAGAUGAGAUCAAUUCGUGGAACAUCACUCAAGUGGACACGCUCGCAGAAUUGAUGGACACCACAAAUGGAGAGUGGGAUCCAAGCUUGGCUAAAGCCAUCAUCUCUAAGUACUUGGGAGUGGCGGGCAACACGCUCGGCAGAGCAGAGCUUAACGCCAUCGGAGGACCAAACCUGUGCUCUCUGGAUGUCGAGGUUCUUGGCAACAUUUCUCAAGAGGGCUUGAGGGACGCCGAUGCUUUGGUUGUGUCCAACUGCACCACAGACAAACUGAGAGUACUUUUCAAUAUUGCCAACCAAGCGUUUCAGAGUCGCAGCAGAGCUCUCAUCUCCCCUUCAUUGUACCAGCUCCUGCAGCCGUACCUGGGGGGUGCACCUGCUGACUUUGUCCGGAAUUUGUCAAUCUCUGACAUCAAUAUGGACCUGGACACGUUUAUUAACCUGGACAACACUGUUGUACAGAAUUUGACUGUCAGCGAAGUGAGAGAUCUUCUUGGCACACACCUGCCAGACUUAAAGAGCUUUGAAAAUACAGCAGUGGUGAAAGACUGGAUCUCAAAGCAAUUACAGUCAGAACUGGACCAGCUGGGCAUUAACCUUGUUGGAGGCAGAGUGGUAAAUACCGCUACAACCGCUUCUGCCACCAACAAACCCAUAAAUGCCGUUUCUACAACCACAAAACCUACGACCACAGCUGCCGGAGCCCAGAUCCAAGGCGACUUUGCUGGCUUCACCUUCCUCGUUUUCCUCGCGCUCCUCAUCUCAUCCCAGCAGGUUUUGAUCUGAAGAAAGACGCAGCUGAUUAUCACUGUAGGCUAAAAUCAAUGUAACGAUUAAAAGGGUGAAAUUACUUUAAAGUUCACAAUACGUCUAAAUGAAAACAUCUAUAUUGAAUUACAUUGCUGACUAAAAAAAUUGCCUCUGGAACAAGACGGUGCCAAUAUUGUGCUUGUGAUUACUUAAUUCUUUAUCUUAACCACCUUUCCGUUGUAUCUUUAAUAUGAGAUGUACAUAUUAUGAUCCACUUUAGAUAUUUAAUGCAGGGAUAUUCUUUAUUUUUUUCCUCAUUAUAAUGCUUUUGAUACAUCAUGUGAAGGAAGACUCUGUUAACACUUCUUAAAAUAAAAUGUUUUUUGAUUUUUCCCUGUAACCUCUCACUGUAUUCAUCAUGGAACAAUAUUGUCUUUUCAUCUGCCUCUGUAAACCUGAAACAAAAACACUUUUACUGAUAAAUAAAACAAUGUUAAAUGCAAACAUUUAUCAGUGAGGUCAUAUGUUUUGGAGAAUCGAAGGUAAAUCUCACUUUAUUUUCCAAUAAAUCUGGUGCCUGUAUUGAUAUUUUUACAUCUUUUCUUCUUCUGGUGACAACAAAUAU